AUGUCCACCGACGAUGACUACGUACUGUCAGACUCAGAGGAAUAUAGACCCACUAAGAGACGGCGCACGACGAACGGUUUACAACGAACAACACCGAAAACAAAGAAGGCCGCAGCGAGCCACGCAGAAUCAACCUCUGACAUCGACGCUGCCAGUACACAUGGUGUAUCACGACAUUCUAUCAAGUACCCGGAACGUCUGGAAGAAGCACUACUACAAUGGUAUGGUACUGUGCACGCAGCCCGCGGCAUGCCCUGGCGCAAACCUUACAACGCGUCAUGGACACCCGAGGAAAAGGCUCAACGCGCCUACGAGGUGUGGAUAUCGGAAAUUAUGUUGCAACAAACGCAAGUCGCGACCGUCAUACCCUACUACAACAGAUGGAUGUCGAAGUUCCCAACAAUAAAAGAACUUGCGUCCUCUGACACCGAGACGGUCAAUGGUCUCUGGAAGGGCUUGGGCUACUACUCGCGAGCUGCGCGGCUACUUGCAGGAGCUCAAAAGGUUGUGUCAGAGCUGGGAGGUUUCCUUCCCGACAAUGCAAAGGAUAUGGAAGCCAACGUCCCAGGGAUCGGUCGUUACAGCGCCGGUGCCAUUUGUUCCAUCUCUUACAAUGAACGCGUGCCUGUGCUAGACGGCAACGUCCAUCGACUUCUAUCUCGCGUGUUGGCCUUACACGCACUCCCUAAGGCUAAGACUACCCUUGAUAUACUAUGGGCCGCAGCAACGAGCCUCGUUGAAGUUUCCGAGCGACCCGGGGAUCUCAACCAGGCAUUGAUCGAGUUGGGAAGCACGGUUUGCAAAGUUCGCGAUCCGAAUUGUCAGGAAUGCCCGAUCAGAGAGGAAUGUGUCGCUUACCAGCAGGAAACGCAGUCACAGGUAAGUAGCUUCGAUUAUGUGGCUGGCAACUUGAUCCCGGACAUCGAGGAGCUUUGUAAACUCUGCGAACCUCUGCCUUCGCCUUCAGGAACACCUGUCACGGCGUACCCUAUGAAGGCGCAACGGAAGAAAGCUCGAGAAGAAACCGAUAUCGUUAACGUGAUCGAGUGGCGCCCCUAUUCAACGCAUUCAAUACCGGUCGAUCGACAUUUUCUCUUAGUGAGGCGGCCGGACGGAGGUUUACUCGGCGGCUUGCACGAGUUUCCAACGAUGCCCGAUGUGAAUCCGAAGAUCGCGGGUGAUGAGCUGCUCAAGGUGCCUCACACGCUGCUGUGCGACCUUCUCGCCGUGUCUCCACCACCCUUCACGAACCCGAGCCAAGAACACGGCACUGCCGUAGUGGCUGCGGAAGACGGUGUUGCGAACGGUGGCGUGCAGAUUACCUCCGUCCGAACUGUCGGGGAUGUGAUCCAUGUGUUCAGCCACAUAAGGAAGACCUACCGCGUGCAGUGGGUCAUCCUAGAAGGAGGACAGACGCCUCCUGCGCUGAAGAGUACGUCCAUCAUCGACAGGACGAUCAAGCCACGGAAGGGCAAUAAGACGGCGGCAAAGGGUAGCGUUGUCAACACGGCAGCGCCAAUCAGCCGAUGGACGACGCUGGAGCAGGUUUCUGAUGCGAACGUGGGCACUGGAGUUAUGAAGGUGUGGAACUUAACUCGUAAGUUAUGGGAGAAAGCGUGA